CACACAUGAAUGUCAUUGGACCGUUUCAGUUCAAAAAGUGGAUACUCCUUUAGUUGACCACUCUCAAAACAAAACCGUUUCUCAUAUUAGAAAGCAAAAAGCAAAAAACGAAAGCAUAUCCAAGUUCCAGUCAGAUCAACGGUCCAGAUCUAUCGACCGUUAUUACAUUUAAAUCCCAACGCAACCCCUUUUUCUUUCCAAUUCAAAUUAAUUCGACCGUUUGUUCAAAUUUCCAAAACCUUACUACUACUUCAUCAAACUCUUUCCUCAUUCACUUCACUUUCACUUUCCUUAUGAAACACUGAAACAAUCUCCUCUAUUAGAUCUCACUUUCCUUUCUCAUUCUUUUUUUCUUUACUAAGUCCAAAAAACAUGGUUAACACAUCUUCUUCUUCUCCGGUUAAAAUAACCGUCUCCUCCGGCGCAAAAACCGGAGGAGGAAAUCGAAGAAGCAUCGGUCUAACAAGUCCAAUUCCACGUCCUUCUGUUUCUAACAACAACCCUAACCCUAAUUCCCCUCUCAGUAACAUUUCAAACAGACUUUCCAGCAGCGGCGGCGCUAUUCGAAGAUUAUCCGGUGGUGGAACUGGAGGUAACUAUUCUUCCAUGUCCAAAGAUGAUGUAACAGAAGAAACAACCUCAGAAUAUGUUUCUUACACUGUUCAUAUUCCUCCAACACCAGAUCGAAUGCCGCUUUCAUCUUCUCAAACAAGCCUUCCUGAAGAAAAUACCAAAAUCAACACCAACAAGAGCUACAUCUCAGGUACAAUUUUCACUGGAGGUUUUAAUUCAGUUACACGAGGACAUGUUAUGGAAUGUUCGAAUGAUCGUGAUGAUUUACCGUUGAAAUCUAAAUUGAUCUGUGCAAUGAAAGGCUGUGAUGAGGAAGCGAUCAAGGGUUGUACAUGUGAGUGUGGUUUCAAGAUUUGUAGGGAUUGUUACAAAGAGAUUUGUGGAAAUGGUGGAGGUGGUAAAUGUCCUGGUUGUAAAGAAUCUUACAAUGUUAAUAGUGAUGGUGAAGAGGAGGAAGAAGAGGUUUCUGAGUGUGAAGAUCAAGCUUUACCGUUACCGUCGAUGGCGGAAUUCAAGAUGGAUAAGAGACUUUCUGUUGUGAAGUCUUUUAAAGCUCAGAAUCAUCCACCUGAUUUUGAUCAUACUCGUUGGUUAUUUGAAACUAAAGGAACUUAUGGUUAUGGAAAUGCUGUUUGGCCUAAAGAUGGUUUUGGUUCUAAUGGUUAUGAACCCCCUCCUGAUUUUGGAAGGAAAAGUAGAAGACCUUUGACAAGAAAAGUUGGGGUUUCUGCUGCAAUUCUCAGUCCUUAUAGGUUGCUUAUUCUGCUGCGUCUAGCUGCACUUGGUAUGUUUCUUACAUGGAGGGUUCGACACCGGAACCAUGAGGCAAUGUGGUUGUGGGGAAUGUCAGUAACUUGUGAGCUAUGGUUUGCAUUUUCAUGGAUUCUUGAUCAGCUGCCAAAGUUGUGUCCUGUCAACAGAGUUACUGAUUUGUCUGUUUUGAAAGAAAGGUUUGAGUCGCCGCAUCUGCGGAACCCGAAAGGAAGGUCUGAUCUACCUGGAAUAGAUAUCUUUGUUUCAACUGCAGAUCCAGAAAAGGAGCCUCCUCUUGUAACUGCAAACACCAUUUUGUCAAUUCUUGCAGUUGAUUAUCCAGUGGAAAAAGUUGCUUGUUAUUUGUCUGAUGAUGGUGGAGCUCUUUUGACAUUUGAAGCUCUUGCUGAGACUGCUAGUUUUGCAAGAGUGUGGGUUCCUUUCUGUAGAAAACACAAAAUUGAGCCAAGAAAUCCUGAAGCAUAUUUCGGUCAGAAGCGCGAUUUUCUCAAGAACAAGGUUCGGUUGGACUUUGUUAGGGAGAGAAGAAGGGUGAAGAGAGAGUAUGAUGAAUUCAAAGUGAGGAUUAAUUCCUUACCUGAAUCUAUAAGGAGAAGAUCAGAUGCUUACAAUGCUCAUGAGGAGUUACGAGCCAAGAAGAAACAGAUGGAAACCGGUGCUGAUAUAUCUGAACUCCUUAAGGUUCCUAAAGCAACUUGGAUGUCUGAUGGUUCUCACUGGCCUGGAACUUGGUCUUCAGCAGAACCUGACCACUCUAGAGGUGACCAUGCUGGUAUUAUUCAGGCACUGUUGGCUCCACCGAAUGUAGAACCAGAAUAUGGUUCAGAAGCUGAUGGGGAGAAUUUGAUUGACACAACAGAUGUCGAUGUUAGGUUGCCAAUGCUUGUUUAUGUAUCACGUGAGAAGAGACCAGGAUAUGAUCACAACAAGAAAGCGGGCGCCAUGAAUGCUCUUGUUCGAACUAGUGCCAUAAUGUCUAAUGGACCAUUCAUUCUCAAUCUUGACUGUGAUCAUUAUGUCUACAACUCCUUGGCCUUAAGGGAAGGUAUGUGCUUUAUGCUUGACAGAGGAGGUGACCGGAUAUGUUAUGUUCAAUUCCCUCAAAGGUUUGAAGGUAUUGACCCGAGUGAUCGAUAUGCAAAUCACAACACAGUGUUCUUUGAUGUGAGCAUGAGAGCUCUUGAUGGUUUACAAGGUCCAAUGUAUGUUGGAACUGGCUGCAUUUUCAGAAGAACAGCUCUUUAUGGUUUUAGUCCUCCUAGAGCUUCUGAACAUCAUGGAUGGUUUGGUAGGAGGAAAAUUAAGUUGUUUCUGAGAAAACCAAAGGUGUCAAAAAAGGAAGAAGAUGAAGUUUGUGUGCCAAUAAAUUGCGAUCACAACGACGACGAUGCAGAUAUUGAGUCCUUGCUUCUUCCCAAAAGGUUUGGGAACUCUACUACUCUAGCUGAAUCCAUUCCAGUUGCGGAAUACCAGGGAAGGUUGCUUCAAGAUUCAAAUGGAAAUGUAACACAAGGAAGGCCUCCUGGUUCUCUCACCAAACCUCGUGAAACUUUAGAUGCUGCCACCGUUGCCGAGGCAAUCAGUGUCAUAUCUUGUUACUAUGAGGAUAGAACUGAGUGGGGGAAACGAGUCGGGUGGAUAUAUGGUUCAGUUACAGAAGAUGUUGUGACCGGUUACAGAAUGCACAAUAGAGGAUGGAGAUCAGUGUACUGUGUUACCAAAAGAGAUGCUUUUAGAGGAACAGCUCCAAUCAAUUUAACAGACAGGCUACACCAGGUGCUUCGUUGGGCGACAGGGUCGGUCGAAAUCUUCUUCUCAAGGAACAACGCUUUAUUGGCAAGUCCUAGAAUGAAAUUUUUGCAAAGGGUAGCAUAUUUCAAUGUUGGAAUGUACCCUUUCACUUCAAUGUUUCUGAUUGUGUAUUGCUUUCUACCUGCAUUGUCCUUAUUCUCAGGACAGUUUAUAGUCCAAUCUCUCAGUGUAACCUUUCUAGUGUUCUUGCUUGCAAUCACAGUCACACUAUGCAUGCUUGCACUACUUGAGAUCAAGUGGUCAGGUAUCACUUUACAUGAUUGGUGGAGAAAUGAACAGUUUUGGUUAAUCGGCGGAACAAGUGCACAUCCUGCAGCUGUUUUACAAGGCUUGUUGAAGGUAAUAGCAGGAGUUGAUAUCUCAUUCACACUUACAUCAAAGUCAGCUACACCAGAAGAUGGAGAAGAUGAAUUUGCUGAUCUUUAUGUGGUGAAAUGGAGCUUUCUAAUGGUUCCACCAAUCACAAUCAUGAUGGUGAAUACUAUUGCUAUUGCUGUUGGAGUAGCUAGGACUUUAUAUAGUCCAUUUCCACAAUGGAGUAGACUAGUUGGAGGGUUGUUUUUCAGCUUCUGGGUGUUAUGUCAUCUUUACCCUUUUGCAAAAGGACUUAUGGGAAGAAGAGGAAAGGUUCCAACCAUUAUCUAUGUUUGGUCUGGAUUACUCUCAAUCAUUAUUUCAAUGCUUUGGGUUUAUAUUAACCCUCCUGCUGGUGGAAGACCACAAGAUUACUCUCAAUUUCGGUUUCCUUAGUUUGAAGAAAGUGAAGUUUCUCUACUUCAUGUUGCAUCUGUAUUUGUCUAUCUUGUAAUAUUGUGGCCAUAUUUUACCUUGUUCUUUUGAUUGUUUGUGACACUCUCAUAUAUAUUAGAGAGAUAGAGAAAAAUAGGAAUAUGCAAACUUGGUGCUGUAGUUAGUUUUAUCAGUAUUGUUUUUUUGUUGACGACAGUAGUAAGUCACAUUCUAUUGUUAAUAUCUCAAAUGACUGAGAUAUUUCACUUUCACCUUUUAGUCUAAAGAUGCAUUAAUUCUA